AUGUCGAUCGAUUUUCCUGCCGAGGAAGAGCUCGUCCUCAACCGGUGGAGGGAGAUCAAUGCCUUCCAACGGCAGGUCGAACUCUCCAAGGGCCGUGAACCCUACACCUUCUUCGAUGGUCCUCCCUUCGCAACUGGUCUGCCUCACUAUGGCCAUCUUCUCGCUUCCACUAUCAAGGAUAUCAUUCCGAGAUACUGGGCUAUGAAAGGCCAUUACGUUGAGCGACGAUUUGGCUGGGAUACUCACGGUGUCCCAAUUGAAUAUGAGAUUGAUAAGAAGCUCGGCAUGUCCGGUCUGGAGGCAGUUCAGAAGAUCGGUAUUGAGAAAUACAACGAGGAAUGCAGAGCUAUUGUUAUGAAGUUCGCCUCUGAAUGGCGUCAGACCAUUGAACGUCUGGGCCGUUGGAUUGAUUUUGACAAUGACUACAAGACUAUGAACCCCUCCUUCAUGGAAUCCGUCUGGUGGGUGUUCAAGGAGCUCUUCGAUAAGGGCCUGGUCUACCGUGGCUACCGCGUCAUGCCAUACUCCACUGCUCUCAACACCCCUCUGAGCAACUUCGAAGCGCAACAAAACUACAAGGAUGUGCAGGACCCCGCCAUUGUCGUGACCUUCCCUCUUCUGGACGAUCCCGAGACUUGUCUGCUUGCAUGGACUACCACUCCUUGGACUCUGCCCUCCCACAUCGGACUGUGUGUUAACCCCACAUACGAGUACGUCAAGAUCUACGAUGAGGCCACAAAGAAGAAUUACAUUCUCCUGGAAGGUCUGCUCAAGACCAUCUACAAGGACCCAAAGAAGGCCAAGUUCAGUAUUGUCGACCGCUUCAAGGGCUCUGAUAUGAAGGGAUGGAAGUACCAGCCUCUCUUCGAUUACUUUUACGAGGAAUUCAAGGACUUCGGUUUCAGGGUCCUGAAUGAUGAAUAUGUCACCAAUGAAGACGGUACUGGUAUCGUACACCAGGCUCCAUCAUUCGGUGAGGACGAUUACCGAGUUGCUCAGGAGCACGGCGUUACCGAUGAGAAGCGUCAAGCGCCAAACCCUCUCGAUGCUCAGGGUUGCUUCACACCCGAAGUCCGCGACUUCGUCGGCCAAGGAGUGAAGGCUGCAGAUAAGGGAAUUAUCAAGCAGUUAAAGGCCAACGGCCGUGUUCUCGUUGAUAGCCAAAUCACUCACUCGUACCCAUUCUGCUGGAGAAGCGACACCCCCCUUAUCUACCGUGCCGUUCCAUCGUGGUUUGUUCGCAUUGGCCCCAUCAUCCCUGAUAUGCUCAAGGGAAUCUCUGAGUCUCACUGGACUCCUUCUUUCGUCAAGGAUCGCAGAUUUGCCAGCUGGAUCCAAAAUGCCCACGACUGGAACAUCUCACGUAGCCGUUUCUGGGGUACACCUCUACCCCUCUGGGUAUCUGAGGAUUACAAGGAAGUGGUUGCUAUCGGCAGCAUUGAGCAGUUGAAGGAGCUCAGUGGAUACACCGGUGAAAUCACCGACCUUCACCGUGAUAAGGUUGAUCACAUUACCAUUCCCAGCAAGGAAGGAAGAGGCGAGCUCAAGCGUGUUGAGGAAGUUUUCGACUGUUGGUUUGAGUCCGGUAGCAUGCCCUACGCUUCUCAACACUAUCCCUUUGAGAACAAGGAACAAUUUGAGAACGGCUUCCCUGGCGAUUUUGUCGCUGAAGGAUUAGAUCAAACCCGAGGCUGGUUCUACACUCUCACUGUUCUCGGCACUCACUUGUUCGGCAAGCUGCCGUUCAAGAACUGUGUCGUGAACGGAAUUGUUCUUGCUGAGGAUGGUAAGAAGAUGUCCAAGAGACUCAAGAACUACCCGGAUCCUACUCUGAUUAUGGACCGUUACGGAUCUGAUGCCCUUCGUCUCUACUUGAUCAACUCUCCUGUCGUCCGUGCCGAGCCUCUUCGUUUCAAGGAGUCCGGUGUCAAGGAGAUUGUUGGAAAGGUGUUGCUCCCCUUGUGGAACAGCUACAAGUUCUUCGAAGGCCAGGUGGCUCUCUUGAAGAAGACCUCCAACAUCGACUUCAUGUUUGAUCCUCAGGCGGAGACCACUAACACUAACGUCAUGGAUCGUUGGAUUCUGGCCAGUUGCCAAAGUCUUUUGAUCUUCGUGAACCAGGAGAUGGCUGGUUACCGUCUGUACACUGUUGUGCCCCGUCUUCUCCAGCUGAUCGAGGACACUACUAACUGGUACAUUCGUUUCAACCGUAAGCGUCUCAAGGGUGAGAACGGUGUUGAUGACACUUUGCACGCCCUCAAUACUCUCUUCGAGGUCGUCUACACCCUGGUCCGAGGGCUUGCUCCCUUCACCCCCUUCAUCACCGACAACAUCUACCAGCGUCUGCUUCCUCACAUCCCCGAGGCGCUCCGCGCCGAGGACAGCCGCUGUGUCCACUUCCUUCCCUUCCCAGAGGUCCGCCAGGAGCUCUUCGAUGAGGUUGUUGAGCGCAGAGUUUCUCGUAUGCAGAAGGUUAUCGACCUUGGCCGUAUCUCCCGUGAGCGCCGUGCUAUCGGUCUCAAGACCCCUCUGAAGACCCUCGUCGUCAUCAACAAGGACCAGGAGUACCUUGACGAUGUUAAGUCGCUUGAGGGAUACAUUUUGGAGGAGCUUAAUGUUCUCGAACUUGUCCUGUCCUCUGACGAGGCCAAGUACAACGUCGAGUACAGUGUCAACGCCGACUGGCCUACUCUGGGUAAGAAGCUCAAGAAGGACGUUCAAAAGGUUAAGAAGGCCCUGCCUUCGCUUUCCAGUGACGACGUGAAGGGCUACCUUGCCAACAAGAAGAUCCUGGUCGAUGGUAUUGAGCUCGUCGAGGGUGACCUCGUUGUGAAACGUGGAAUCAAGGAGGAUGACGGCUCAAAGGGCAUGGAGACUAACACUGACGCUGAUGUUUUGACCAUCCUUGAUGUCAACUUGUACCCUGAGCUGGCUCACCAGGGUCUGGGUCGUGAGAUCAUCAACCGUGUCCAGCGUCUUCGCAAGAAGGCCGGUUUGCUCCCCACUGAUGAUGUGAAGAUGGAGUACACCGUCCUUUCGGACCCCGAUAGCAUUGGCCUCGGUGAGGCUUUCAAGUCACAGUCUCAAGCCAUUGAGAAGGUUCUCCGCCGCCAAGUUGAGGAGAGUACCUUCAUCGACGGCAAGGUUCCCAGCGCGGAUGCUGAGGGUACCAUCUCGCAAGAAGAACAGGAAGUGCAGAACGCCACCUUCUUGUUGCGUCUUCUCAGGCUUUAG